AUGACGCCGACGCUGGCAGGAACGUCACCCCCGAGUCCCGGCACGCGUCCUUGUGAAACCUGGUACGCCUACGACAUCAUGCUUCCAUCGGCAGCUCCUGCCCUCGCCGGCGUUCUCCUACUGGGGACCGUGGUCAGUGCCCAGGUGCCUUACGAGGUCAAGAAACCUCCGCUCGAUACCGACUGGACGUACAGUGUCGGGACGGACCCUUGGCCCGAGUAUCCCCGUCCCCAGAUGGUCCGCGAGGCUUGGCAGAGCCUCAAUGGCCUCUGGACGUGGCGGUCUGCCUCUGGCGACGACGAGAUCAACACUCCCCCCUCCGGGCCUCUGGACUACGAGGUCCUCGUCCCCUCUUGCAUAGAGAGCGGCCUUUCCGGUCUCCAGGUCCUCGACACCCGUCACAUGUGGUACGAGACCACGUUUGAGGUCCCCGGCGACUGGGAGGGCCAGAGCGUCCUUCUGAACUUUGAGGCCGUCGACUACCGGGCCACCGUGAUCAUCAAUGGCAACGUCAAGGAGACGCACGUGGGCGGAUACAACCGCUUCGCCAUCGACGUGACUGAGGAUGUCAGCGUGGGCGGACAGAACACGCUAUUGGUCUUCGUUCACGACCCUACCGACGACGAGAUCGUUCCCGUUGGGAAGCAGACCAACAACCCCAGCCACAUCUUCUACCGCCCCUGCUCGGGUAUCUGGCAGCAGGUUUGGAUCGAGGCCGUCCCCCGAGACUACAUUGACCGCCUCGAUAUCUCUGCCACUUUCGACGGAGAGGUCACCGUCAAUGUCGUCUCAUCUGGCCAGAACAGCGCCGACGUCAAGGUCGAGAUCUAUGACCAGGACGGUUCCGAGAUUGGCAGCUCCGAGGGCACCGCCGACGAGCCCUUCAACUUCACCGUCCAGGGCGUCAGGGAGUGGUGGCCGGAUUCCCCGACGCUGUACAACGUCACCGUCACCAUGGGCGACGACGAGGUCACCAGCUACACUGGCUUCCGCACCGUCUCCAAGGGCAAGGUCGAGGGCAUCACGCGCUACCUCCUGAAUGACGAGUUCGUCUUCCAGUUCGGCACCCUGGACCAGGGCUACUGGCCUGACGGUCUCUACACGCCGCCCAACUACGAGGCCAUGGUCUGGGAUCUCAAGCUUCUCAAGGAUCUAGGCUUCAACAUGGUCCGCAAGCACAUCAAGGUUGAGCCCGACCUGUUCUACCGUGCCUGCGACGAGCUCGGCCUCAUGGUCAUCCAGGACAUGCCCAGCCUGCCUCCUUCCUCUCAGCCCAACGCCGAAGAGCAGGCCGAGUUCCAGCGCCAGCUCGAGAUCAUGAUUGACCAGCACAAGAGCUUCCCGUCCAUCUGCACCUGGGUCAUCUAUAACGAGGGUUGGGGUCAGCUCACCACCCUCCCUGCGCCUGAGGAGCUGCUCACCCAGGUUGUCCGCGACCACGACCCCUCCAGGCUCAUCGACUCGGUCACCGGAUGGCGUGACCACGGGUUCGGCGACUAUCACGAUAACCACAAGUACGCCAGCCCUCAGUGCGGAACUCCCUUCUGGUCGCGGCUGAACACCCCUUACGACGCGGAGCGCAUCGGCUUCCAGGGCGAAUAUGGAGGCAUCGGCCACAACGUGUCGAUCGAUCACCUUUGGAACGUCCAGGCCGCCAUCGACUCCAUCCCGGAGACGUACGAGAUGAACGAGGACCUCGACUCGUACAACUACCGAUCAUCGACUCUGUUCCGCGACAUCCGCGAGCAGACCGAGCGCUACGCCUGCAGCGGCGCAGUAUAUACCCAGACGACCGACGUCGAGGGCGAGGUCAACGGUCUGGUCACGUACGACCGCCGCAUCCUCCGCCCGUACGAGGCCCAGUGGAAGGAGGACAUCCAGAGCCUCUACGACGCUGCCGAAUCGCGCGGCGGACGUGCGUACGGAGACUACAGGGCAUGA